AUGGACGUUGAAGCACGCAACAAAUAUUGUGGAUACAUUAUGUUCAACACCGCCUCCAGCAAAGGCACUGGAUCAAAGUCCAACGAUUUGAUUCUCAACAAUUGUGAUGCUUCUUCAUUUUCAAACUAUGAUUCGGACCUCUUCCCUCAGACUGGUCCAACGAAUCAUUCGAUGGCCGCCGGUGCCGCAGCCGUUGAGGAUCAAACUUCGAAAAAGGAAGAGAAUCCUUUUCAAAUUUACGAUCCUUCCAACCUUAGUAAUGGAGGUGAAAAUGGCAAAAAACUACCGGGUAGUUCCAAGAUGCAACCAGAAAAACGACCUCCAAGACCUCCAAACGCAUUCAUCCUUUAUAGACGUGCUAAGCAACCGGCUAUUCUCGCUGCCCAUCGUAACCUUACCAAUGCUGAAAUUUCGAGAUACAUUUCAAGCUGUUGGAAAAGCGAAACUGACGAAGAACGUUUAUCUUGGGAAAGAUAUGCGGAUCAAAAGAAACUUGAACACAUGCAGGCAUACCCAAACUAUGUAUAUCGACCAAAUAAGAAUAAAGGAAAAAAUGAAAAGCGCAGGCAAGCUCGUAAACAAUCCGCUGCUGCCACCUUUAAUUCCCAAGAGUCAACAAAUGUCGACGAAUCUGGACCAAUCAGGGCGACAAAGAAGAACAAAGGUCAAAAUCGGUUGAAUAACCUCGUUGGAAGAAUUGAAAUUCCCAUGACCAAUAAAGCAACUGGAAUCCAAAACUUUGACUUUUCAAUGAUGACCCCCCCUCUUUCAUCCCCAAAUACUCCCAAUAACAAUAAUAACAAUUUAGUUUAUACUACCGCUCCCGUUCCUUACGCUGAACCUGAACAGCUUCAUAACUCUUCGUUUUCAACUCAAGAUAUGCAAUUGCAACAACAAAUGCAAAUCCAAAAGAUCAACACGUCUUGUGCUUAUCCUGAAUUUCGAGACAAUACCAUAAACACUCAAGGUCUUGCUGAUAUUUUUGCGGGAAUACAUACCUUUGAGUCAACUUUUCAAUAUUAA